GCUGAUCGUUCUUACGGGUUGUGUCGUUUGAAUGUUGGUCCGUGAAUGCGAAGUAGUUGAAUGUCAUAAAGAAAUUGUGUUCGGCAGUGAAUUUCGCUGUUUAGUUAGAUUUUAGCCAAUCAAUUUCGUUCAGUGCAAUCUGGAGACCUCCUUGUCCGCGACAUGUCACAGGAACAGGUUGUUGAUACGCAAAGGGCGACCGAGAGCCAGUGCUCGAUCUGGAGCACUAUGGAAAGUCAGCCGAUCGAGCCCAUCGUGUGGGGCCGCUUGUACGGGAAAAAUGUGCACAUCAAGUCAUUGGGUACGAGGUUUCAAGUUAUACAUUCAAGUCCGUCCUCUGAGAAUUUCGAUUUAUGCGUUGAGAAUUUCACAGUGGGACGGGCGGAGGACAACAACUUGACCCUGAAUGAAGGCAAUGUUCCGCACAAGAUCUGGUGUCGGGUCUCCAACAAACAUUUCGAGAUAUCGCGCGAGCGGGGAGACCUUUCGAAACCUGUUUACAUCCAGGACUUCUCGCGCAAUGGGACUUUUUUAAAUGGUGAAAUUAUUGGGAAGAAUAAGAAACGUAUACUUCAGGACGACGACGUCAUAUCAAUAAUACGGGCAGAUUGCAAAGCCUUCGUCUUCAAAGAUUUAGGUCCGAAUAAUUCAUCUGGCAUUCCUGACGAAAUUUGCAAUAACUAUUUCAUAAGUGCCAAGUUGGGGUCGGGUGCAUGUGGCGUUGUACGCUUGGUGUACAACAGACGUACAUGCAUCAAGUAUGCAAUGAAGCAAGUGAAGAAGAAUAUAUUGAGCGAAUGUGCUACUAUUACCAAUGCCAAAAAUUCAUCGAAAGUCCUAAAUGAAGCGCUAAUCAUGAAGGAGUUAGAACAUCCAUGCGUUAUUAAAAUGCAUGACAUUGUCGAUAAGCCAGACUCAGUGUACAUGAUUUUGGAAUUCAUGAAAGGCGGCGACUUACUUACACGCAUCGUUUCCAAAAAAAGAUUGUCUGAACGAAUCUCCAAAUUAUUUUUCUACCAAAUGUGCCAUGCCGUUAAAUAUUUGCAUGAUAAAGGAAUAACUCAUCGCGACCUAAAACCUGAUAAUGUACUGCUUGACACUCACGAUGACGAAACUUUAUUGAAAGUUUCAGAUUUUGGAUUAAGUAAAUUUGUCAACAAUGAUUCGGUGUUGAAAACGCUUUGUGGAACUCCACUCUAUGUCGCUCCAGAGAUUUUGUUGAACAGUGGAAGGGGAUCGUAUACCAAAAAGGUGGAUAUUUGGAGCUUGGGUGUUGUACUUUUCACAUGUCUAAGUGGCACUCUGCCAUUCUCCGAAGACUACGGCACUCCUGUAGCGGAGCAAAUAAAGAAAGGUGAUUUUAGCUUCACGCACUCAGCAUGGCGCUCGGUAUCUCAAGUCGCAAAGACGCUAAUCAUGGAAAUGCUAACAGUAAACUAUAAUCAGCGUCCAAACAUUGACUACAUUCUCAGGCACAAGUGGCUAAAAGAUCCCGAAGUUGUUCGACUCGGACGCAAUCUCAUGAAGGAGCAAAUGACAAAGUCUGCCGCACCAGAACCAAAUUCGGACAAUGAGAAUUUUCUGGAACCGCCAGUAAAACGACGUAGAUGCUGAAAUCCAAAUGAAACAAGUGUUCAAAUCAAGUUAGAAGGAUUAGAAGGGACGUUUAAGUUUCGAAAUUUUGUUAGGUGUCCUUUGAAUUUGUUUAACCAAAUCUCAAUUGUUCAGUUUGUUGAAAAGUUGUUUAUGUUUGAAUUGUGAUGAUGACCCAAGUCUGCCAUUGAAAUAGUGAUUGAAAUUCAAAGCAAAGUUCCUCUUCCUUCAGUUGUUUAUCGAAAGUAUUUCCUUUGUUUUGUUUCAUGUGGUCAGCGUCGCGUUACCUAUUUUGACUGUGACUAUAUUUGUUAGAAUUCGAGUACAAAAAAUUAUAUUUUGAUAUUAAGUGAAUGUAUUUUUAUAUUCUUAUAAGAAAUGUAGUGCCAUGAAUCGAUUAAGUUCAUGGAAAAUAUGUAGUUAUGCAAUGAAUAAAGUUCUAUUCUGAAGUAA